AAGAGCAAAAGAAAAAAUGUUAUCAUUAAUAUUUCCAAUAGAAAAUUUUACAUUAUUUUUAUUGAAAUUAUUUUCAAUUCUAAUCAUAUUGAUUAUAAUGAUUUUAUUAUGGAUUUAUCAAUAUCAAUGGUUACCUAAAUUACGAUAUGUAUUGAAAAAUACCGAAACAUAUGUUUCAAUGAAAAAAAUUUUUCCAAUGAUUUAUAAAUCAACAAAUGAACAACAACAGCGACAACAAUCGUUUGGUUUAAAAAUUUCCGAUGAUAUUUAUAAAUUACCAUCUGUACCUGGUCCAAUUCCAAUACCAAUUAUUGGUGAUAUUUUUCGAAUGAGAAAAUAUUCCAAAAAUCCAUGGGCUGGUUUUGAUCAAUUUCGUGAAAAACAUGGUAAAAUUUGUCGUUUACAAUUAGGACGAUUUCAUACCGUACUUAUAUCAUCGGUUGAUGCAAUGCGUGAAGUAUUAAUAACAAAAGGUGAACAUUUUGCUGAUCGUCCACAUUUUAAUCGUCAUGCAUUAUAUUUUGAUAUGAAUCGACAAAAUGCAUUAGCACUUUGUGAUUGGACCGAUGUUCAUAAACAACGGCGUUCAAUUGCACAUGCUGCUGUUAUACCAAGAUUUGGUACAAAAACAUUUCAACGUUUAUCCGGUUGUUUAGAUUUGGCUGUUGAAAAAUUAUUAAAACAAAUUCAACAACAACAACCAGAUUCAUCAAAUAAUAAUGAAAAAUAUGGAAUGAAAAUUCUACAAAAACAAUCAAUCAUUCAAUUAUCAUGUAGUAUAUUUUUUCAUUUUCUUUUGGAUAAAGAUAUGAAUCCAUAUAAAAAUAAUAUAGUAGAAGUGGAUGAAAAAUUUAUUGAAAUAUGUGAAAAAUUUGAUCUAGUAUUUUCCGAUAUAAAUGAAAUGUAUUUGAGUGAUUUUCUACCAAUUUUACAAUAUUUUACAUCAAUACGAAGAUAUUUUAAAUCAUUAUAUCAAUGUUCAACAUGGAUAUUUAAACAAGUGGAACAAAUUGUUAUGGAACGUUUUGAACAGAUUUGUUUGGAACAUAAAAUGAAGAAAAAAAAUAAUGAAAAUAACAGUGGUAAUGAAACCUCCUGCUCCUCCUCAUCAGAUCAAAAUAAUCAACAACCACAAAAUGAUCAAUCAACGGAAAUUAAUUAUGAUGAAAGUUUUGUUGAUCGUAUUUUAUUAUUAAAACAAUAUAAAUCAUCAGCAAAAUUUUUAGAUUUUAUUUUGGAACAUUAUCUGGAAAAUCAACGUACAAUGACAUGGAAUGAAAUGAUGUAUGAAAUUGGUGAUUUGGUUGGUGGAAAUUCAGCCGUUGGUAAUCUAUUGUUUCGUGUAUUAGGACAUUUGGCAAUGAAUCCUGAAUCACAACAACAAAUUUAUGAUCAUGUGAAAAAAUUUUCAAUGGAAAAACAAUCGAUUAAUUCAAAUGGGGAAAAUGGGGAAAAAUUAUUGAUUACACUUGAAGAUCAACAUAGUUUACCAUUGGUUAUGGCAGCUAUUAUGGAAACAUUACGUUUAACAUUAUCACCAAUUGUACCACAUUUAAGCCGUUUGGAUACAUCUAUUCAAGGUCAUUUCGUGCCCAAAGGAACAAUGAUUCUUUUCAAUAUUUAUCAUUUAAAUUUAUCGGAAGAAUUUCAUGAAAAACCAUUUAAAUUUGAUCUAACACGUUUUAUCACUGAAGAUGGUUUAUUAUUGAAACCGGAUUUUUUCUUUCCAUUUUCACAUGGUCGUCGUUCUUGUUUAGGUUAUAAAAUGGUUUAUUCAAUCAUUACAACAACAGUUGCUAAUCUAUUACUUGAUUAUAAAUUAACAUCAUUAACAUCGAUGGAUAAUCAUGAAUUAACUGAAAAAAUGUUACAACCAAAAGGUAGUUUAGCAUUACCAUAUAGACCGGGUGUGGAUAUGAAUAUGUAUGCUACACGUAAAACAAUUGCCCAAGGUAUUAUGGAUCUUGGUCUUAUGUGUGCUAAUGCUUCACAAUUGAAAUAUGUUCUAAUCAAUGCAAAUCAUCAUCGAUAUUUUCAAGUAACCGUUUCAUUAAUUGUCAUAUCAAUAUUAAUGCAAAUCAUUGUUGGCAUUAUGUUUAUUGCAUUGGGUCGUUUGAAUAUAAAUUAUGGCCAUGAUCGUCGUCGUGCUGAUAUGAUGAAUAAUGCAAGCGUUAUUGUUAUAUUUUUGGUCACAGUUAUCAAUGUUUUAAUUACUGCUUUUGGUCCAAGCGAAACAAUACAAUCAACAAUAUCACCAUCAACAGCUGUUUAUCAUCAUGGAUCGAUUAUCAAUUCGGAUCAUCAUCAAUCAUCACCAUUAGCACUUAAACUUAACUCAUGGAAUAAUAAUAUUUAUCCGGAUAGUCAAAACAAUGAUUAAUUCAUUUGUGUGUGUGUGUGUAUGUGUGUGAACAUUCCCAUUUUUUUUUCAU